AUGCUUGCAUUCAGUUUCAUCAAGGCCAUUUUAUUGGCUGCAGCUACUGUUGCCGCAGAGACAACCACUUCGGCCAUCACUUCGGCCACCACAGACAGAGCUGCCGCCACUUCUGGAGGUAAACUCACUCUUCAAGAACUCGCAGCUUUGCCGUUGAAGCAAAGAUUGAUGAAAUAUCCAUGGAAACUUGAAAUGAUCACAGUUAGUUUCAUUGCUCUCUACCUGAUAACUUUCUACCUUGGUUCUAAGUACAAUGAGAAGUUGGUAAACAAGUUUGUUAACUCCAUUUUGCCUGUUUUCAAGGAGAACUUCUUCCAGGUGGGUGUCACCAAGUCUAGAUUGAUGGCCAAAGAUGACACCCAACAUUUCACUUUUUAUGCCACUGGCAGAUUAAGAAUCGAAUCGAUGAUUGCCAAAUUCGAGUUACAAUCUCGUCAGAAUCCAUUCGUCUGGGUGAUGGAAUAUGUUUCCAGCUUUUUCAUUGAAUCCUUGCCUGCUCCUGAAGAUAAGGUUAGCUUCAAUUUCCAGAUCGAUGCCGAUGGAUCUAGCAAGUUUGACGAUUUUAUAUGGGCCAUUGUCCAUAAGGAUCACAUGAAUGAGUACAGAAAGGAGAACUAUUUCCUUUCCUUGACCAAGACAUCAGAAAGUGACAAGCUUCCUGUUCAGUUCGUCUUCAUGAACGAGGCUCCUCAGAUGACCAGCACACUUUAUUCGAGCGAGUUCCCAGACCUAUUGGAGAAGUGCAAGGACUUGAUCAAAUUCUUUGCCGUCACCGAUCAGGCAGAGGAGAAGCCGGACAGACUUUCGAAGUUAAAGCCUUCUAAGAGGUUUGUUUUAGAGAUGAGAGUUCCUAAGACCAAGGCCGAUGUUGCCGCUGCUAAUGAAUUUCUCAGCUUUUUGCUAAAGACUUACAUUGACUUUGUCUGCAAGAAUUCUGCUUUCAGACCAGAGGUCACUAGAAAAUGUAAGAAGACGCGUGAAAGUGAGUACGCCAAGUUGAAGAAGUCUUUAGAGACUGCUCGUAAGGAGGAUCUAGACAGCAAGAAGGCCGAGGCUGAAAAGGAUCGUAGAGCUAAGUUGACCCCUGAAGAACAGGACAAGUUGGCCAAGAGACAGAGCGAUAGAAGACAGAGAAGAACUAUGAACAGACAGAAGGUGAGAUCCUGA